UUCUGUUUUUGAGAUGUUCACAUGUUCUGGGAGAAUAGUACACUGAUGUUGAAGUUCCUACAAGUGCUGCAGAUAUCUAGUUUAAUAAAAGUGGGACUUAAAGUGCACUACAGUGUCAGAAGUGCUACUUGUUAAGUGUUACUAUCUACUACUCUCCAGAUAAACUUCAAGCAGACUCUCAACCAUCAAAUCAUUUUAGAGCUCAUUUUGGAACUUCUGGAACAUAAACUGAAGUUACUUCUAGACAAAGUAAAGCAACAAGAAACAUCUCAUGUGUACUACCAGCUGUUAGAAAUUAAACACAAGCAAGUUAGUCUACCCAGACUGACUAGGCUAGAUAAGAGCCACUUUCACCUUUUACUCCAGCAUGCAAGUGUAACAGCCGAAUGUAUAUCAGCAAAAUCAAAUCAUACUUAUAUAGAAGACUUCCCUUAUGUGUCGUGUCUGUUAAAGCCAGCGUUUGUAAAGUGUGAGAGUUUGUGGAGCAGACACUUAUUAUAUUGCACAAUCGUAUAAGUGUUCAAUAUUUCAAGUUAUGUAGUCAAAAUAUUUAGUAAAAGCCAUAGAUAGUGUGGAAUACUUAAGAGCUUGUGUAGGAGGGACUGUAUCAUUAUAAAGUCUCUGAAAAUUAUUUGAAAAAUGCAGAUUACUACAGCACGUUACAGUGCUUCUUAAUCAAAAUUAUUGCUAUUGAAAUUGACUUGUGGAGUGUAAUUUAUGAAAUAUAAAUUUUUAAAUUUUAUUUAUUGAGAAUUAUUUUUUUUACUUAAAUGUGACUAACAGCAGGUCUGUCAUCAUUCACAUUAACUUAGAUUUCUGCAUUUCACUCCUACUUUGGUUUAUCUUCAGAUUUGAUGUUUUUUAUUACAUAUUUAUAAAUACUGGAACAUUGCUAAGCACAUAGUAUUCUGUCAGUUUUAGUUCAAUUUUUUUUUUUUUUAAUAUUUCCAAUUACUGUACCACUUGCUGCUAUUAUGUUCUUAAGUAAUCAUUUCUAUUGUCCUGCUGCUCUGAAGUACCUCUUUUUCUGCAUUUGAUAGUGCUGAGAAAUCCUCUUUACCAGUUCUCUGAUAUUCUCUUUUAGGUUUAUUUGUGGAGAUCAUGUUUAUCUUUUUCUCCUCUUGGCCAAAGAUGGCAUGUCCAACACUUUUUAUUGUUUCUUAAAAUAAUUUCUUACCAGCAAGCUGGACUUCAGUCCUGAAGGUGGGAAGUACAGUGCCUGCACUCUGAAGGAGAGGUGUUAUGUUGCAAUUUUUUUUUUUAACUGUUGUGUAGGCACACCUCUGGCAAGACAGUGAUGGAGUGAAUGAUGAUGAAAGUGCUUCUUUUUUUUGGGUCACCCUGCCUUGGUGGGAAAUGGCUGAUGUGUUAAAAAAAAAAAGAAUAAAAAUUAAAAUAAUUUUUAUGUUUUGAGACUCAUAUUUAUAGCUCAUCUUUUGGACUUUUUCUAAAUUUACAAAUUCUUAUUUUUUAUUUGAAUGCUAUACUAUUACUUUAUAUUUAAAUUUUGGUCUAGCUUAUAUUUAGGGGAUCCUCCUUAAAAUUUACUAUACCUGGAGUAUACCUGGAGAGGGUUUCAGAGGUCAAUGCUUCACUGGCCUGGUCUGUGACCAGGCCUCAUAGUUGAUCAGGGCCUGUUCAACCAGGCUGUUACUGUUGGGCGCACGCAACCUAACGUGUGAACCACAGCCCGGCUGGUCAGGUACUGACUAUAGGUGCCUGUCUAGUGCCUUCUUGAAGACAGCCAGUAUACACUAGAUGAUUCCAAACUUCCAUUCCAGACUCCUCACUCUCCUCCAUUUCCAUUAACUGUUUAAGGGAUUUAAAUCUGCAACAUCCAAGUUGUCUUCUAUAAACAUUUGGGAGCUUCACAUUUUGUUUCUCAUGUUCCCUUCUUGGAUUAAGUGAUGCUCUCUUCAUCUGACUUAGUUUACUCUUUAUAAACUUGAACAAAAGAUUUGGUUCCAUGUCUCCUUUCUUUUUUCUCUCAAUGAGCACUUCUCAUCUAUUCAUAACUGAAUGAACCUAAUUAAUUUAACACCUUUUAAUAAAUAAAUAUAUAAAAUAAACAUGAGUGUUCACACAGAAACAAAAAUAAAUCAAGACUGUAUAAAAAAUUUUAUAGAAAAAUCACAACUUAACACUCAGUUUCAUGUCCAAACAAGAGAAAAGCCAUACAGGUGUUCAGAGUGUAUGAAAGCCUUUUCAAAAAAGUCAAACCUAGAUACACACUUGCGAGUUCAUACUGGAGAGAAACCAUACAGGUGUUCAGAAUGUUUGAAAACUUUCUCGGUAUGUUCCAGUUUAAUAAAACACAUGUGUGUUCAUAAAAUAGAAAAGCCAUAUCAGUGUUCAGAGUGUCUGAAGGCCUUUCCCAAAAAGAUACAAUUGAACACCCAUUUGAAGGUUCAUACAAAAGUGAAACCAUAUCAGUGCUCAGAAUGUAUAAAAACUUUUACAAAAAAGUCACAUUUAAAUAUCCACUUUAGAGUUCAUACAGGAGAGAAACCAUAUCAGUGUUCAGAGUGUUUGAAGGUCUUUUUUAGUAAUUCACAACUAAGCACCCAUUUGAAAACUCAUACUGGAGAGAAACCGUUUCGUUGUUCUCAGUGCCUGAAAACUUUUUCAAAAAAAUCAUAUCUAAUUAUCCACCUCAGAAUUCAUUCAGGAGAGAGACCGUAUCAGUGUUCAGCAUGUGAAAAGGCCUAUCCCUGUAGAGCACAACUAAACUCCCAUUUGAAAACUCAUUCAGGAGAGAAACCAUAUCCUUGUUCUCAGUGUCUGAAAGCCUUUUCAAAAAAAUCAUAUCUAAAAAUUCACCUCAGAAUUCAUUCAGGAGAGAAACCUUAUCAGUGUUCCGAGUGCUUAAGGACUUUUUUAACAAAAUCCCAUCUAAACAUUCAUUUAAAAGUUCAUUCUCAAGAGAAACCAUUAAAGUGUUCUGAGUGUCAAAAGGCUUUCUUAAGAAAUGCAGAUCUUAAAAACCACUUACGAGUUCAUACACAAGAAAAACCAUUUCAUUGUUCAGAGUGUUCAAAAGCCUUUAAAGAAAAAUCUGCAUUGAGUAAACAUUUCAAAAUUCACACUGGAAAGAAACAAUAUAGGUGUUCAGAGUGUCUGAAAGGCUGUUCAAGAAAAUCAGACUUAAUAAAACACUUAAAAGUCCACACAGGAGAGAAACCAUAUCAGUGUUCAGUGUGUCUAAAAUUUUUUUCAAAUAAUUCAAAUUUGAUAAGACACAUGAGAAUACUUCAUGUGGGAGAGAAGCCACAUCAAUGUUCAGUGUGUCUUAAAGCAUUUACCAGAAAAACUUAUCUUAGUAACCACAUGAGAGUUCACACAGGCGAGAUAUUACAUCAGUGUUCUGUGUGACAAUCCCUAUUGUUCACAUAAUAAAUUUGUCAGUCAUCACUAAUACCAUACUGGAGGGGUUCAAGGAGGCCAGAGUUACUCCUAUCUUCAAGAAAAAUAGUAGGUCUGAUGUCAGCAACUAUAGGCCUGUUCCUCUUCAAGGGGGGGCUCUUUAUCUGAGGAAUUAGACCUUUCGGUCUCUUUCCUCAGACCAAGCCUAAUUACCCCCAAUCCCCCCAUCCGUAUCCUGUCCUCCCCAUCCCUCCUUUUUCCCUUUCCUUCUCCUCCUCCUCCCCCAUCCCUCCCCUAUCCCCUUCUUAUUCUCAGCCUAUGGGAUUCUUCCCACAGGCAGUGUAGUUCCUAGGUAGGGGGAAGGGUACAGGGGUCCAUCCCAUUACAUUCAGGCACUUGGCAGUGGUGUAGUUUGCCAUGGAAUCUUGAUCACCUGGAGAUGUCCUGAUCCUAACUGGUCUCCCAGGGGUUUGCUUUGAGUGUCAAAUCCAUGAAGCUUCUCCCUCUGGGCCCCUUCCUGACACCGUACCCUGUUCCGACCCUGCCUCGUUAUUUGACCACUCUUUGGACAUUUCUAAUGCCCCUGUACUUCUUGCUGGUGCCGUAUCGCCACCCGCUUCAGGUUCCGGGGUUACGACUGACUUCUUUGAUACACUCUGACCUGCACUCUUCAUUGACCAUGUUUCCGGCUUCUGCCUCUGUGGUGCGGCAAUUUUUAAAUUGCCUGCCUGUCCCGCGUUGGACCAACUCCGGUCCCACACCUGAACACUCAGGGCUGUUAUCUGAUGAUACUUCACUUCCUUCUCAUUCUACUCAGAAAAUACUGGCAUGUCACACACUCCCCUUACACGCUGUUUCAAAAUACACAGUGGACUAUGUUUUUUACUCUACGACUGACUUCCUCUCCUGCCUAUCUUUCCGACCACAGUAUUGGCAAAGUGCUCCUACGCCAUGUUGGUAGAAAUAUAUCCUCUCAUGCUCUCAAGAGUGGUAUAUGUUUCAUCACUGUCCAGAAUGCUAGCCAAGCUCAUGCUCUUUCUCUCCUUUAUUGUCCCAUUGCUCUGACUUAAACUUUUCUUCUAUCAGAGAAGAAUCUUACAAUGUGUGUUUUACAUUUCUGGAUGUGGAAGCAAUACUCUCAGCUUGCCAAUCAUCGGCAGCUGGGCCUGACAGCAUUCACGUUCAUAUGCCACAGCAUUUACAUCAGUCGGUCCUUGCGGUCCUCUUAUGACUCUUUAAUCUUAUUUGGUCACAAGGAGUUCUUCCCCAGCUGUGGAAAUCUGUCAUUGCUGUGCUUUUCUGCAAACUGAGUACUAUGGGACAUGAUGCCUCCACUAUCGCCCCAUUGCUCUUACCAGUGCAGUUUGCAAGGUGAUGGAACUUCUUGUAAAUAGACAUUUGAUGUGGUAUUUAGAGACACACAACAGUCUCUCCACUAACAAUAUUGCUUUCACAAGGGCUGUUCUACCAUUGACCCCCUUACUAUGCUUGGGUACAUAUGUUUGUAAUGCCUUUGCCAAUAACUACUCAGUUAUUGCCAUCUUUUUUGACCUUGAGAAGUCAUAUGACACAACUUGGAGGAAUAAUAUCUUGGUCCAGGCCCACUCCUUAGGCCUCCGAGGCAAUGUUCGGGUUAAUAAUAUGCUUUCCCCGGACUUUGUCCUAGCUGAAGGGGUCCCCCAGGGAUGUGUUCUGAGCACAACACUUUUUUCUCCUUGCUAUGAAUGAUCUAGCAUCUAUUCUUCCAUCCAAUAUUGGUCAUCACUUUGCUAUUGCUUGUGCAGGUACAGACUGUCACCUCAUUGCAGUUUCUCUCCAUCAUGCCAAUUGGGUCACCACUCAUGGGUUUAAAUUUUCUAGUAUUAAAACUCACCAAAUUACUUUUACUAGACAUUCUGUCGUCUGAUCAUCCAUUGUACCUAUACGGCUCGUUUAUCCCAGAGCAUUAUACUGUCAGGUUUCUCGGCCUUCUGUUUGACUGUAGGUUAUCCUGGAAUCCUCGCAUUACCUCUCUUAAGGCAACUUGUCAUAGCCUGCUGAACUUCCUUAACCCUUUCAGGGUCCAAGGCCCAAAUCUGGAGUCACGCACCAGUGUCCAAGAAUUUUCAAAAAAAAAAUUUGUUAUUUUUUCUUAUGAAAUCGUAGAGAAUUUUUUUGUGAAGGUAAUAAAACAAAAAGUACGAAAUUUGGUGGAAAAUUGACGAAAUUAUGCUCUCGCGAAUUUUGAUGUGUCAGCGAUAUUUACGAAUCGGCGAUUUUGCCGACUUUGACUCCCAUUUUAGGCCAAUUACAUUAUUCCAAUUAACCAAAUUUCUUAGCUAUUUCACUAGUAUUACUUCUAUUCUAUCGAUUGAACACAA